CUGAAACUGAAUGGAAAGGGAAGGUCGGAAACAAAUGAAAACCUACAUUAUAUCAUUGAGUCAUGUCGUUGUGUUAUUAUGAAAAUAUCUAAUCGAGAAAUUUUAUUUUAGUGUGUAAAAUUAACCAUCAAUAAUUUUAAAUAUUAGUGUCUUCAUACCUUCAUCAACAAACUGUGAAAAAGGGUUUUGCAGAGGUCUUGCAAUUCAAUUAAUUCAAACUGGAAAACAUGGAGGCCAUGGAUACUGGAGAUGCAGAGAACCUGAGUUUAAAUUUUGGGGAUGAUGUAGGUGAUGAACUGAAGCUGGAAGAUGUUGAAUACGAUACAAGAAGUGAAGUUACUUCUUCUUCUAGUGGCUCAGAAUCUUCUCAGCCAAGCAUUAGUUCCGUGAGUUCUGGUUCAUCCUUGGAUCACAAGGGGAGAGGGGCCCGACACAAGCGCAGCCGCACUAGAGAAAAGAAAAGUCCAACGCCUGAACUAAAAAGACCCAAGUCACGAGAGAAGGCUUCAAAAUCAUAUGAUUAUUUCACAAAGAUUAACUACUUAUUUAGAGAUGCUCGUUUCUUUGUUAUAAAAAGUAAUAAUGCUGAAAACAUAGCAUUGUCGAAAGCUAAGGGAGUUUGGUCAACACUUCCCCAAAACGAGUCAAAAUUAAAUACAGCAUUCAAAGAAUCAAGAAAUGUUGUGUUGGUAUUUUCUGUUAAGGAGAGUGGCAAGUUUGCAGGUUUCGCAAGGCUAUACUCUGAGUCAAGAAGAGAUGUUGGUCCAAUAUCUUGGGUGUUACCCCCAGGUCUGUCUGCUAAAGCUCUGGGUGGUGUCUUCAAAGUAGACUGGAUUUGCAGAAAAGAAUUACCUUUCACUUCUACUAUGCAUUUGUAUAAUCCGUGGAAUGAAGGAAAACCAGUUAAGAUAGGCAGAGAUGGUCAAGAAAUAGAACCUAGGGUGGGAGAAGAACUGUGCAGACUGUUCCCAGAAGACGAAGGCAUCGAACUGACUCCGAUAUUACGCAAGUCUAAAGAAGCUGCGAAACACAUUCGACCUCGCAGUUCUCGAUACAGAAGAGAUGGUUAUAGCAGACCAAGCCCUCGCUUUUCUCCACGUGCCCCACCGUUUCCCAGCUGGAGAGGAAGAGGAAGUUCCUUCAGUCGAGGCCCUCGAGGAAAGUAUUUUACUUCCGGUCGAAGUCGUCUGAGCAGUAGUGGUGGAGUGUACAAGCCCACAUCAUCGACCCGCCAUAGAGAACGACUGUCCCUGUGGUUCGGGAGCUCCAGAGAAGACAGAGGACGGCCGUUCAAUGCGGCAGCAGCAGCUGAGGCCUACGUCGCCGAUUAUAUGAGGAGUCUGCACCAUCAGCUGCCACCCAUGCCCUAUGCCCCGCCCCCAGGGGUAUUUACCUCAUCCAGUUAUGACGGUAUCCCUCCCCCACCCCGCUACUAUGAUGGGCUGCCUCUUCCCCCUGAGUAUCCACCUCCACCGAGAAGCAACGGCUACUCUGAUAAGAGGUCAUACGAUCGCUCGGUCGAUGAGUUUCUGUGGAGGACCAGUGAGCGCUCCAGGGAUCGGGACCGAGAACAUCACCGCUACCGAGAACGACGGUGAAGAAGACUGACAGUGUUUUAGACAUCCAUACUAUAAAUCCACAUGUUUUAUACAUGACUCAACAGAUUGUGUAAAUGUGUUUUCUUCAUUCCAUAGAAUUAAUUACAAAAUCAAUUCUGGUGCAGUAUUACUGUUAUGUUGAACAUUGUUUUCAAAUCUAAUAGCCAAAUAGAAGUAGUAGCAAGUACAUUAGGUCUACAUGUCAUACGUGUAUGUUUCAAAGGACAUUAUUUUCUUUCAAGUAUGUUCAAAGAGAAAAUAUAUGUUUGAUUCACAA